ACGAAGUUGCCUCGUUUCUGCCGCUCAAGUCCACGGAGCAACGAUCGAGAAGAACCGAUCCUCUGGCGUUGCUGAACGUGCGUGAUCACGAAGAAACUACGGAGAUACGGUAGCGGCCAAAGAUUCGCCGAGCGACGAUCCUCCAUCACCAGUUGUUCGAGUGAACCGUUUGCAUAGACUUCGAUCGCGUGUGUCGCGUUUUACGUCGUGCUGACUACGAAGACCGUCCAUAGGGAAUCGCCUGGUGGCGCGGAAAGGCGAAGGAAGUUCCUCAAGAGGAACCCAGCCGGUAUCCGGCGUUCGAUCAACGCCAUCUCUAACUAUACUUAGAUCAAAUUUAAUCAUGGAGAAUGAAGUAACUACGACCUCUGACAUACCCAAGACGCCAGAAGGUAUUAAAGGAUGGUUAGGAUCGGUGUUUAUCGCCACGUCACAAACUAUCGUAGGCCAAGCAUUCUUCAAAAUGGUCGACUCGUUUCUCUGGAGUAUCGAAAAGUCUGCACAAUGGAGCUUACCAGCUCAGGAAAUCGAAGCUGAGGACAAAGGUAAAGUAUUCGGGAAGAUGCAACUUGUCAGACCGCUACCGUGGAUAAUAUUUCUGCCAGGAUUACUGAUCCUUCGAAUCAUCAGAUGUACAAUUAACGUUGGUGCUUAUAUUUUCGGCUAUCCACAAAUCCAACCGAUUACAAUGGUAAGAUUCGUGCAAAGGAGUCGUAGACGAUUAAGAGCGCUGAACUUGAAGAUAGCGAGAUCAAUGCGGCGUAGUCCGACUAGCAAGGACAAGAGAUUGACGAUGAUCGAGGCCAAGAAGGCCUUAAUCAGAUCCAUCAGAUUGACUUUGUCGACUUUGUCUUGUUUGGAUACGUCCAAAUCAUUGCCUUCGCCACCACCAACGAAAAUUCGCAUAAGUCAUACGGAUCUUGAACCGGUGGCAACGCCGGACGAAAAAUCAACCACAGAAUCUGUCGACAGUCCGAUACACCAUGAAGCGAAGCGCAAAUUUUCUCAGAUCAGUUCGGAUGAAGAGAAUAUCGACGGGUCGGAUGGCGAAACGCUGGAUGUGAAACUUGGAAGAUUGGCCAUGGAAGAUAGCGCAGACGAUUUAGAUUUUAACCUUGCCACGUGUAGCACAGGGAUCAACACAGCAUCCAGCUCGGUGAGCAGCGACGAAGCGGAAAAAGAUGUGUCUUUAACGGAGUUGAGGGAUAUUCAGAAGGAAGCUAAUGAAUUUCUCCAAAACGUGGCUAUGCUAACAUCUUCGGAGACAGUGAUGCCGAAUUUGGAGAAAUUGGAGGGCACCCUGGAUGGCGAGAAAUACGGCGUGGACAGUUCGGUAUCCGAACGCCGAAAGCCGAUCUGUACGUGUAAACAGUUUAUCGAUCAUGAAGUAACGUCUACGUCGGAGCAAUUACCAAUAGACCAGAUCUCGUCACCGCAAGAAACCGAUGAAGUGUUCAUGAGAAGCCAAAACGAGCCAGCAACUUGCGAAUUACCGCCAGUGCAAGAAUCUUGCGAAUUACCGCCAGCGCCAGAAUAUUGCGAAUUACCGCCAGCGCCAGAAUCUUGCGAAUUACCGCCAGCGCAAGAAUCUUGCGAAUUACCACCAGCGCAAGAAUCAUGCGAAUUACCACCAGCGCAAGAAUCAUGCGAAUUACCGCCAGCGCCAGAAUCUUGCGAAUUACCGCCAGCGCAAGAAUCUUGCGAAUUACCACCAGCGCAAGAAUCAUGCGAAUUACCACCAGCGCAAGAAUCAUGCGAAUUAGCGCCAGCGCAAGAAUCAUGCGAAUUACCGCCAACGCAAGAAUCUUGCGAAUUACCGCCAGCGCCAAAAUUUCGCGAAUCACCGCCAGCGCCAAAAUUUCGCGAAAUACCAUCAGGGCAAGAAUCUUGCGAAUUACCGCCAGCGUCAGAAUCUCGCGAAUUACCACCAGCGCCAGAAUCUCGCGAAUUGUCAGCAGCGCCAGAAUCUCGCGAAUUACCGCCAGUGCAAAAAUCUUGCGAAUUGCUCUCAACGGCAGACUCGUGCGAAUUACAGCCAGAAUCUUGCGGAUUACCGCCAAUCCCAGAAUCUUGCGAAUCAACGCCAACCCCCAAAUCUUGCGAAUUACCGCCAGUUCCAGAAUCUUGCGAAUUGCCGUCAGCACCAGAAUCUUGCGAAUUAUCGCCAGCGCCAGAAUCUUGCGAGUUGCCGCCAUCUCAAAUACCUUGCGAAUUAACGCCAGCACCAGAAACUUGUACAUCAGCGGAAGCUCAUACUCUGGACACAAAAGAAUUCCCAAUUGUGCAAGAAAAGGAUCACAUGCCCGAAAAACUUGAACAUCACCGAGAUACCAACUAAACCUUCUUGACUCAAACACUCAACCUGAAUAGAAAUGCUGUCCUCUCCAACCUUCCCCUAGAUAGGAAUCGUAAAAAGGGGGAAAGACGAAAACAGAAUCUCCUGACCAUAUUAGGACGAUUAUAGAUCACAAUUGGAAUUUUACGAAAAUCGAUUCUCUUCUUUUUUAUGUUCCUAGUUUUUAGCGAUCACUCGUCAUCGAUAAAGUCGACAAAAUCGAAUUGCGCACGGCCGUCGCCUAAAUUAAAAAAUCGAGAUAUAUUUAUUUUGAGCACCGCUAACGUUAAUAUUCUAAAUUUCAACGACACUGAUUUCUAAAUUUGAUAAUUUCAAGCUACUAAUUAAGGGUACGUAAUUAUUUGAGACACCACUGAUGCUGAUAUUCUAAGUUUCAACGGUUCUCGUUUGUAAAGUUAAUGAUUCAGUGUAAAUAUACGCUUCUUACUUCGUUUGAUCCAUUUUGGGCUAAAUGACUUUAUAAAUUCGUGUUGAACGUUUUUCUGACAUUCGAGAUUCUGAUACUCGGGGAAAAAGCUAUAUCGAGAAACAGCGGUCUGAUCGUUACGAAAGUUUCGUUCGAGACGGCAAUGUAUCGCUAGCACGACCAACGAUAAAAAAAAUUCUGGCAGAUAAUAGGAGAUAAUGGUUGAGCGAUUCACAGGGCAGAUGGGAUUCUAGCCACUUGUGCAAUAUUUGGUAAAAAAUGUCCGAUCUAUUCGGCAUGGUGUAAACUUGCACGACGUUUUCUCGUGUUGCUCAAAGUACAAAAUGGGACGCGUUAUCGUGUUCAGCCUCCCGCUUCAGAGAUAAUUCGCGUAGCCAUUUAUCGUGGUUGCAAUUUUUCAUGCGCGGUCAGUUUGUAAAAAUAACGUCGGGAGAAAAAGUUGGAGCUACUCCUGUAAAAUUUAUAAUCGAUAGUAAUUAAUAGAGAAUUAAAUUAAGAGGUAGUAAUUACAUAGCAGAAUGUUCUUGAAACUUCGAAGAUUAUUCUUGAAGAGAAGGCCACGAGUAUUGAUAAUUAUUUUAAAAAGUAAAUUAACAAAAAUCGAAUAUCGUCGUAUUGGUGAAAAUUAAAUUAACACGUGGUAAUUAGAAUAUAAAAUGUAAUUAGAGUGUAUCGGAUAUAUCGAUGCACUCGAAGUUUCAAAAAUCAGAUUCGCAUCGUUGAAGCUUCAAGGGGAUCAUUCUGUUCUCUAGUUUCUAUUCAAUUUCAAAAAACAAAAUAAAGACACUAUAUAUUGAAGAAGACUGAAUAUGAUUACUUAGAAAAGCUUGAUCUCUCAGAGCUGGAAUAACAUUUUAGAUCACGUUAACGAUAUAUUUUACGAGCGAUUAAAAACCCCGAUAUAAAUUUUCCUAAAUAAUCAUAUUAAAUUAACCUAAGAAGUGCGCACGAAUGUGAAAUUAUUCAAAAUGUUUUUAUAUUACUUUUGCAAAAUGAAAUUUUUAUUUUUGAACAUAGUGUCAUUUCUUAAUAAAGAAAGCCAUAUAUU